AUGGCAGAUCCCAGGUCCGUUGUCCCCUACCAUGAUCCAUAUGAUGCCUCUUUCAUCGAUGACAUUUUGUAUUACAUGAACAAUUCAACUCCUACUGUUGACGAUUUAUCACUUCUUGAGGAUCCUUCUUUGCUUCCAUCCUCAAGUAAUCCUGGUAACAUCCAAGAUGCUGAUGAUCCUUUUGGUGAUCCAAUUUUGUGGGGUAUUACAAAUAAUAUCAAUGGAGGGAGUUCUCAGGCGGGUCCUUCAGAAUAUCGCGCCGAAACGAGUAAUCAAGGAUGUCCUGAGAAUGUCAAUGGUGGAAAUAUGAGGACAAUACCAAUGUGGCCGGUGCCAGCCGUGCCAUAUUUAUGUAGUUGUUGCCUGGUGCUUAGAGAAAUUAUUCAUACUAAUGGGUAUGAAACUACAAAACUUGAGAUUCAUGGAAGACUUGGAAUGAUCUGUCAUGCUAUUCUUGCGAUUCAUCAAAGUUUGGCAGUUUAUCGGUAUCAAAUGAUUGAUUUCUGCAAGAAAAGCAUGGAGGAUGUGAAGAAUUAUCUUGUUCAAUAUUGUGACGAGAGGAAACAAGCAGGAUUUAUCAUGUCGCGGGAUCCCCUCUCCGUCUUCUAUGAAGCCUUAUGUGUUGGGUUGGACAUGGAUGAAAAUUUAACAACAGAUGACUUCCCUCAACCACCACCCAACAACUCAGUUGCAAAUGAAAUGGAUCAGCCGGAGGCGGAGAAUGACGCUGAAAAGCCUCCAAGGACCUCUCUUGCAUUACAGAGGGAGAGGACAGGAAAAUUGACAUUGGAAGACUUAAGAAAUUAUUUUCAUCUUCCAAUCGAGGGAGCAGCCAGGAGGUUGAGAUUAUGUCCCACUGUGGUGAAGAAGAUAUGCCGUAGAUAUGGUUUACACAGGUGGCCUUAUAGAAAGAUCAAGAGCCUAGAGAGGCAGAUACAAACUGCAACUCCGAGAUUGAAUUCAAAUGAUCCAGAAGACAGGGCAAAUGCUAAAGCAGAAAUCGAAAGGCUUCGACGUGAAAUUGAUACUGCAUCUGCUGGAAACUAG